CCUUAAUUCAUCUAUCGCCGUCGUUGUCUCUCUUACCGGACGUUGUUUUGUCUCCCUCCGGCCUCCGGCGAGUCCAUCAGAGAGCAUUAUUCAUGGCCACAAGGAGGUUAAGAGCAUUCAAGAGAUGGAUGAAAGCUAACGGAGUUGAUUGCAGCGACGCUCUCAACCUCGUCGACGACCAAAACGAUGGUGUCUCUGUGAGAGCAUUCUGCGAUUUGAAGGAAGGAGAUGUCGUUGCCAAUAUCUCAAAAACUGCUUGUCUCACUAUCAAAACCAGUGGAGCUCGUGAGAUGAUCGAAUCUGCUGAUUUAGAUGGAAGUUUAGGUCUCUCUGUGGCUCUCAUGUACGAGAGAAGCUUAGGUGAAGAAUCUCCUUGGGCUGGUUAUCUUCAGAUUCUUCCUAUUCAAGAAGAUUUGCCUCUUGUUUGGUCCCUUCAAGACUUGGAUUCUCUCUUAUCUGGAACUGAGCUUCAUAAGGUGGUGAAGGAAGAUCAUGUUCUUAUAUAUGAGGAUUGGAAAGAAAACAUUUUGCCACUUACCUCUUCACUGCCUCAGAAUGUUGAUUCUGAUUCGUUUGGAAUUAAAGAGUAUCUUGCCGCUAAGAGUUUAAUUGCUUCACGGUCUUUCCAGAUCGAUGACUACCAUGGAUCAGGGAUGGUUCCUCUUGCAGAUCUUUUCAAUCAUAAAACUGGGGCAGAAGACGUUCAUUUCACUCAUGAAUCCGAUACUGAAGCUGAUGAAUCUGACAACGAUGAUGAUGCAAAUGAGGCCACUGAUGAAGACGAGCCUUUCAGUAAAAGUUCUUCCUCGCCUGAGCAGUCUUUCGAGGAAGUUCCUGGUGAAAACACUGAUGACGAAGCCAAAGAAGAAGAAGAAGAAGAAGACAACGAAAACUCUUCAAUGCUGCAAAAUGAUCAAUCCGGUCUAAAAAUGAUUAUGGUGAAGGAUGUCUCAGCUGGAGCUGAGGUAUUCAAUACAUACGGUUUGAUGGGUAAUGCUGCGUUACUCCACAGGUACGGAUUUACAGAGCUCGAUAAUCCAUACGACAUAGUAAACAUAGAUCUAGAAUUAGUAACUGAAUGGAGCACAUCCUCAUUCACAAGCCGGUACACUCGAACUAGACUGGCCUUGUGGAGAAAACUAGGCUACACAGGAUGCGAGAGCCAAAACUCAGAAUACUUCGAGGUAUCUUCAACCGGAGAACCCCAAACCGAGCUCCUGUUCCUACUCUAUAUACUGCUCUUACCAGACGACACAUACAAUAAACUGGAUAUAGCUGAAUCAACAACAGGAGCUUCUCUCUCCAAAGAAAGAAGAGAAUCUUCUCCUUCUCACGAGAUAACAAUUGGGAAACACAAGUUCGUGUUUGGAGAAAGCGGAAACGAUAUUCUUUUGACAGAUGGUGUUUGUGAAGCUCUUCUUACUAUUGUGGAUAAGCGAGAGAGCUUAUAUGGAUCAUUGAGCUCAUUGGAAGAUGACAUUGAUAGGCUCAAGACUUGUUGUCUUCCGGGAGACAGGAGACUAUAUCAUUCGCUUGUGUUGCGUGUGAGUGAGAGGAAGAUUCUAAAGAAGCUUAGGAGCUACAUCCAUACAAAGGCCAAUGAGUUUUCCGGCGGAAAGCGCCGGAAGAAGAUGGUUACUAAAUCCUAGCAACAGCCUUAAAUUGCUUGUUGAAUUUUCACUUUUCAUCCCCAAGUUACCAUUUUUAAACGAUUUGGUCUAGUAACAUUGAGUUUCAUCUAUAAGGUGCAUCGAAUCUUUAGCAUAUUUGUUUGAUUCUUUUUGUUCUAUUUAUAGAAAUUUUUGAGGUUUAAAAAUAAAAGAAAGAAAGGAGU